AUGCAGCAAAGAGAAUGUUCAGAAAUUGUGCGCAAGGGGAUAAAGGAAUGAAGUUCCGAGAGGGACAGGAAGUUGCCCGCAGCUGCACAGCACUUCCUCAGCCUGGCUCCUUCGUGCUGUCUCCUGUCUAUUCCCAUAAGGGCCUUCUCGGCGCAGCUGAUACUGUUGCUUUGGAAGAAUUUCCUGCAGCGCAGGAGACAGCCAGUAAAUGUCUGGGCAUCUAGCUCCUGGUGGAGUUGUGACCUCUUUCUUUUCAUUCUGGUGGCCGUCUGCCAUUCCCACCCCCCAUUGGGGCAGUUUGAAUGACACUUCCUCAACAAGCCACUGCUCUCUGCGGGCACCAUACCCUUCCUCCAGGAUCUCAUCUGUAAUAUGAACAACACCUGCUCCCUGCAGCGCAUGCCCAGUGAGGAGCCAGGCAUCCUCAGCACCUUUAAGUACUCCCUGGUCUCCUGGUUCCUGGCAGAUGCUUUUCCCAAUUGGGAAUUGGGCUGGUGGGUAUGGAGGCAUGCCUCAUGGCGCCUCCAACCCGGCCCUGCCUGUGCUGAGCUGAUGGGGGCCCUGGACACGCACCCACUGUCCCCCUUGCUCCGGAGGCAUCUGAAGCUGCUGGUCUUGAGGAAACUGCUGUUUGCACCCACUUGGCAGCUCAUGGCACAGGUGAAUCAAACCUUCCAGGACCUGGCCCUUUUGAAGGAUGUCCAGGAGGUGUGGGUGCUGGGACCCCAGCUCUUCAACUUCAUGAAUGACAAUGCAAAUGUCAUACCGCAGAAGCUCUUGCAAAUUCAGGACAAAGGAAAGAAGCAGCUAGGACCCAGAGGCUAGCACCAGGUGGAGGCCCUCUGAGCCUUUCUUGGCAGCUACAGCUGGCAGGAGGCCUGUGCAGAUGUGGAGCUUCUGGUGGGCAAACUGGGCCAUGCUGUGGAGUGUCUUACCCUGGACCAGCUGGAGGCAGCACCUUUGGAGGCAGCUUUGGCAGAGCAGGCUCUGGAGCUGAUUGCCCAGCAUCGCUCCUGGGCAGGUGUCAUCCUGAACCCCAAGGAUUCCCCACACCCAGGGUAUCUCCCAGGCCCAGGCCAUCUAUGUAUCAAGAUCUGCAUGGACCUUGACAGUGUCAUCAGAACCAGUAAGAUCAGGGACAGGUUUUGGGGCCCGGCUGCUGACCCCCUGACAGAUCUGCAUUAUGUAUGGGGCCUCAUGUACGUGCAGGACCUGCUGGAGCAUGAAGCAGUGAGUGUGCUCAGUGGCAAUGUGUCCCGUGCCAGCCUCUAUCUGCAGCAGAUGCCCUACGCUUGCCAUGUGAAUGAUGUAUUCCUGUGUGUGCUAAGCUGGUCACUGCCAUUCUUCCUGGUUCUGGCCUGGAUCUGUGGGGCACUGACAGCGGAGGCUGUGGCGCAUGAGAACGAGACAGGGCUGCCCUACACGAUACACUCUAUGGAACUCAGGGCACUGCUGUGGCUGGGCUGGUUCCUCAGCUGCCUAGGGACCUUCCUUCUUAGCACCGCACUGUUCAUUAUGGUACUCAAGCUCAGGGACCUCCACUAUAGCCACCCAGUUGUGCUCUUCCUGUUCUUGGCGGCCUUUGUUGUGGCCACGGUGGUCCAGAGCUUCUCGCUGGGUGCCUCCUUCUUCCGUGCCAACCUGGCAGCUGCCUGCAGCGGCCUCGUGUACUUCGUGCUCUAUCUGUCCUAUGUACUGUGGGACCAGCUGCCCAUGGGCGGCCAAGUGGUCAUGAGCAUUCUGUCACCUGUGGCGUUUGGCUCCAGCUGCGAGAGCCUGGAGCUGCUGGAAGAGCAAGGCGAGGGCGCACAGUGGCACAAUAUAGCCGAUGCCUUCAGCCAGCCUCAGGUCUCUGGCCCUCUGCUGCUGGAUGCUGCGCUCCAGGGUCUCGCCACUCAGUACCUGGAGGCCAUGUGCCCAGGCCGGUAUGGGACCCCUGAACUGUGGAACUAUCCCCUUCAGAGUUGCUACUGGUCUGGGCCUAGACAUUCCAGGUGUCCCACCCUGCCCCCAGCCCAACAGGACCCAAAAGAUGAGGAAACAAGCCUUAGCUCUGGCCUGAUUUCCGGGGUCUCCAUAUGGCACCUGGACAAGCACUCUGGCGACCCAACACCUGCCCUGUAUGGGCCUUGCCUGAACUUCUACCAGGGCCACAUCACUGCUUUCCUGGGCCACAGCUGCACCAGCAAGUCAACUACACUUAGACAGGUGCUCACCAUUACUCACCCAAACAUAACCACGGGGCUCAGGAUUCUGCCAGAGGAGUCAGCCCUGGAGGACGUGGAGCUGGCUGGGUCUGCCCCAGAGACACUGGCCCUGCAGGGCUCUCGGCUGGAUGUUGUGGGCUGGGUACAGGGUUUGAUGCUGACCUACCAGCAGUUCUGGGCCCUGCUUCUCAAGUGCUUUCUGCUUGCCCACUGCACACGUGGUCUGUUCACACAGAUCCUGCUGCCCGCCCUAUCUGUGGGCCCGGCACUGAUAUUCAGCUUCAUCGUGCCUCCCUUUGGGUACUCUCCAGCUCUGUGGCUCACUCCCAGCAUGUAUAAUGCCCAGGUAUCCUUCUUCGGUGAAGGUGCCCCAGAGGACCCCAAACAUGCCCACCUUCUGUAGGCGCUGCUGGAGGAGAUGGGAUUGGAGAACUGCCACUUGCAGAACAGCUCCCAGAGGGGAGUCCCUUGCAUGCAGCCCGUCACCUGCCAGUUCUCGGUGCCCAAGAUUCCCACAGAUGUGGCUGAGGUCUUGGCCAGGGGCACCCUGGAGUCUGCAUCCCCUGCCUGCCAGUGCAGCUGGCCUGCCACCCACUGCCUGCUUCCCAGCUGUGCCACUACCUCUGGUGGCCCCCCACCACCUCAAGUGCUGACCGGCUCAGGCGAAAUUGUGCAGAACCUGACAGGCUGGAACCUGUCUGGCUUCCUGGUCAAGACCUACCCGCGCCCGGUGCUCCAGGGCCUGAAGACUAAGAAAUGGGUGAAUGAGAUCAGGUAUGGGGGCUUCCUGGGGAACCAAAAUGUGGGCCUGCCCUCGGGGCGUGAGGUGGGACGCUCGCUGGAAGAGCAGCCAGUGCUGCCAAGCUCCCAACCUGGCGGGGCCCUUGACCGCAUCCUGAAUGACCUCACAGCAUGGGCUCAGGACGGCCUCCAGAUCUGGUUCAACAACCAGGGCUGGCAUGCCAUGGUGGCCUUUGUCAACCGAGCCAACAAUGCGCUCCUCCAUGUCCACCUGCCACCAGGCCCAAUUGGUGCCCACAGUAUCCACACACUCAACCACCCUCUGAACCUCACCAAGGAGCACCUGUCUGAGGCCACCCUGAUGGCCUCCUCGGUAGACAUACUUGUCUCUCUCUGCGCGGUCUUCGCCAUGUCCUUCAUCCCAGCCAGCUUUACUCUGGUCCUCAUUGGGGAGCAUGUCACCCAAGCCAAACACCUGCAGUUCAUGGAACGCCUGUCCCCUACUCUCUAUUGGCUCGUCAACUUUCUCUGGGGCGUGGUGCAGGGACUGCCCGUGAGGCGUGGGGUGCCCAGCCGCUGCCCCUCGCUACUGCCCUUUCUGGCCUCUUCCGGGCAGAGACUGGGGGGAACUGCUGCUGCUCUGCAGUGUAACUGCUUGGUGUCAGCAUGCGUCGUGGCCCCAGUGGCCAUGCCCAUGAUCCUCAUAUUUCUGGCCUUUCAGCAGAGGGCGUCCAUGGCCCCUGUCAACCUGCCUGCCCUCCUGCUGUUGCUCCUGUUGUGUGCCUGGUUGAUCACGCCACUCACGUACUCGGCCUCCUUCUCUGUGCCCAGAAUGGUCCACGUGGCGCUCACCUGCUUCCAGCUCUUUACUGGCAUCAGUGGCAGCAUGGCCACCUUCGUGCCCGAGCGCUUCUCUGACCAGAAGCUGCAGGAGGUGGGCUGGAUCCUGAAACACAUUUUUCUUCUCUCUCCCCACUUCUGCCUGGGUGGGGGGCUAUUGAUACAGUGCAGAACCAGGCCUUUUGAGCGCUUUGGAGACAGGUAGUUCCAGUCACCCCUGUGCCAGGUGGUAGUUGGCAAGAACCUCUUGGCGAUGGUGGUACAGGGGCCCUUCUUCCUCCUCUUCACACUUCUGCUAUGGCACCGCACCCACCUCCAGCCACAGUCAGUGGGGACUGGGGCAGGGUGGCAGGGGCUAGGGUCCAGCUUUGGGCCCACUCAUGUCUCUGUUCUUAGACCCAAGCUGAGGCCACUGCACCCUCUGGGAAAGGAGGAUGAGGGUGUGGCUCGUGGGUGGGAAUGGGUGGUUGAAGAGGCCACGCAGAGGGACAUGUCAGUGCUGCAGGACCUAACCAAGGUGAGUCCCUGGCAGAAGACACCAGCUGUCGAGCGCCUGUGCCUGGGCAUCGCCCCCCCGGUGAGUGUGAAUAGAACAGGGAAGACUUCCAUGUUUCACAUGGCAACUGGGGACGCAUUGCCCAGCAGGGGCGAGGCUACCGCAGGCCACAAGCAAGGGCGUGACCCAGGACUGGCCGCAGCACCCUGCAACAUGGGCUGCUGUCCUCAGUCAGGUGCCGUCUGUGAGCUGCUGACUGGCCAGGAGCACCUUGAGCUGUUUGCAUGCUGGCAUGGCAUCCCUGAGGCCAGGACUGUCCAGACAGUGAGCUUGGGCCUGGCGAGCCUGGGGCUCCAGCAGCAUGCGUAGCCCGCGGGCACCUACAGUGGUGGCAACAAGCAGAAACUGGCAACAGCUGUGGCACCAAUGGGGAAUCCAGCAGUGGCCCUUCUGGUAGAGCCGACUGGCAUGGACCCCAGUGCAAGGUGCUUCCUCUGGAACUGCCUCCCGGCUGCGGUGCUGCAGUGCCGUUCCGUGGUGCUCGUCUUGCACAGUAUGGAGGGAUGUGAGCUCUGUACGUGCCAGACCGUUGUGGUGAAUGGGUGGUUCCGCUGCCCGAGAAGCUCGCAGCACCUCAAGGGCAGAUUCAGUUCUGACCACAUGCUGACCCUGCGGGUGCCCAUGGGAAGCUCUGAGCCAGUGGCAGUCUUUGUAGCAGCUGCAUUCCCAGGGGCUAAGCUGUGGAAGGCACAGGAGAGUCGUCUGCGUUUCCAGCUGCUGUCAGGAGGGUGCUGCUCCCUAUCGCACAUCUUUGGAGAGCUAGCUGCUCCAGGGGCAGAGCAAGGCAUGGAGGACUUCUCAGUGAGCCAGACUGCCCUGGAGGAGGUCUUCCUAUACUUCUCUGAGAAUCAGGGGAAAGAGGAGGGGGAGGAUCGCUGGAAAGCGGGAGUGGGGGGCGGACCCUGGGCUAAGCCCAUCACCUGGCUCCUGGAUGAUCCCAGCACAACGGAGGUGCAGCCAUAA